AUGGAUUUUAAGCCUCAAGCCGAAUCGGGAUUACAACUUUUAGAAAGACUUUUAGCACGGCCAGUUAUUAAAAACCUAACACCAUUAUUACCAGAUGAAUUGACUAGUGAAACCAUAGAAAUUAUUGGAAAUACUUCAACGGGAAAAACAUUAUUUUUGACUGAAUGUAUUGCCAAAUGUGUUACCCCUAAAAUUUCAAACGGCUUAGAUGCUGGUGUUGUUUACAUUGAUCUAGAUGGACAAUUUGAUAUAACCAAACUAGUAAAAAUUAUUCAACGUUUAUUAAAGAACGCUGAUGAAGAAUUAUUAAAAUCCUGUCUAGCAAAGUUAACAUUGAUCAAUUGUUAUGAUAGUCCAACUUUGUAUGUUACAUUUCAAAGAUUAAAAUUAUUUCUUACUGAACAGUCUCAAGUGGGAUUAGUUAUUUUGGAUAGUGUAUCAGCAAAUUAUUGGCAAGACUCAAUAUCCAGGGGUGAAAGGUAUAUGGACACAUACGUGGAAAAAAUGAUCUCAUCUUUGAAAUUGUGUUUAGAAGAUUUUAAAGUACCUAUUAUAUUUACCAGACAGAGUUAUUUUCAAUCCAAACAUGGGGAUACUUCAUCAUUAGAUUACAUAAAUCGUACAAUUUUGUUUCAAAGAUUAGAUUCUGAUUAUUAUGCAACUGUAACGAGAAAAAAUGUAGACAUUUGUUAUAAAUUCAAUAUUAACAGUCAGGGAAUUAUUGAAUUUAAUCAACAUCAAAGUUAA